GUUGAAUGUUUUCUAGACGUCUUUAUUCUUCUUCAACUCGUUUCCUUAAAGAAUUUAUGACGACACAAGAAAAGGGUCCAGUUCAACUUUCGAUUGAAUCAAAAAUUUCUCAAGCGCUGAAUCCUUCAAUUCUUGAAAUUGUUAAUGAAUCUCACAUGCAUGCGCACCAUGCUGCCAUGAAGGGCGUUACAAGUAAAGAAACACACUUUAGAGUCACUGUUGUUUCUGAUGAGUUUCAAGGAAAAUCCCUGAUGCAACGCCACCGUGUGAUUUAUAGUCUCUUGAACGAUGAACUUCAAAACAAAGGUUUGCAUGCUUUAUCUAUCAAAGCAAAAACUUCAGCAGAACUUGAAAAGCAAUAAAAGUACACUUUAUUCACAAAUUAUUC